AAAUCAAACGCUGGAAUUUCUGUGUUGCGUUGUUUACGAUAAAAAUGACUGCCUGACGUAGGUUUUGAAGUUUGGAAAAAUGACUGAACCAGCUGUGGACAAUUUGGCGCAAAUCGUGUUUGACAUGAAUUUCCUAGCCAUUCACUCUAGCAUAAAAGCAGUUUUAGUGAUUUGAGUUUUACGAUGAAACUAGUCUGUGAAACAUGUACCAUCAAUCGUUACGUCCCCGGUGGAAAACGAGUGUUCCUCAAAACGAUACUGGCGAUCGGCAAGGGGUCGGAGAAAAAGUCAGACGAGACCAAGAUCAUGCUCAUUACGACGGCCAACAAAACCGGCACCAAAUACGGGGCAGUCAAGAACAUUGCGAAAAUAUUCACCCGGUGUCUCGACGAAGGCAAGGCCACCAUUUCAUUUAUAGUACCCGAGCACGAUGUGCAGAUUAAAAGUGAUAAAAUUCAACUAACGGCGUUCUUGAAGGUGCUUAAACUGGUGCUAACCGGAGGGCGGCCUAGUGAGUCGGGGGCGUCAACAAAAAGCACCUCGGAACCACCAGCGCUACGAUUACCGUGUCUGACGAUCAACAAUAAAAAGACGUCGUUUCUGAAUUCUAAAAAUGUCCUGUCCACGAAGUGCGUGAUCCGUAAUCGUAAGGACUACCCGCUGAAGGGGUUUUCCCGACUGUUGGUGUCCCUGCAAAUCUCUGAUGUUCAACUGUCCCGCUUCGAUAGUCAAAUUUUGUUACUACAAAAGCUACAAUCACUCAACUUGUCUAACAACUGUAUCAAAACGCUUCCGAAGAGCCUUGGCCAGCUGCGAUUGGUUGAGCUAGAUGUAUCGAGCAAUAAUCUAUCCGAUGAUGGCUGGGAAUGGUUGUUGGAGUCAAAUAUUCAAUCAUCACUCCAGAGUCUCAAUAUAUCUCACAAUGGAUUAUCCUACCUGCCGAUAAACGUCGUGUACGCCCAAUCGUUGGUUACACUAACGGCCGAAAACAAUUCGAUUCGAAAGCUUCCCUUUGCGAUAUGGAAACUGUACCGGCUACGUGUGAUAUCACUGGCGAAGAACCACAUCAAUGGGAUCCCGGAAACCAUGCGGCGGAUGAGACUGGAGAAGUUGGAUCUUUCGGACAACCAGCUUUUUGAAAAUGAAGCAACGGUGCCGGAUCUCCGGUUGGCCGAUGAACAAGCAACGCAACACUUGCAGCCGUCCUCGUUGUUCCAGCUGGCAGCUCGUGUAGUCAUCAGCAAGAAGCUGCCAUACGCAUACCCAGCAUGUGUUCCGUUCACCGUGCUGGAAACCCUGCACCGAACGCCGCUUUGUGGUUGCGGUAAACCGUGCUUCGCGUCGAAGGUCUAUGAACGCGCCAAGGUGAUAGUCUUGAACUGCAUCCAGACGAUUCUCAACAUGAACCAACGAGCAUUUGCGGAUUGUGUUUUUUGUAGCCAGAAAUGUUUACGUAAAGUUUAGUUUAAUAAAUUAUUUGUGUCGUUCUCUUUAAUUAAACUAGUUUUUUGUCCUUCUGAAAUUCUUUCAUUUUACACUAGAGUUGCACUUGAAAGCAUUUUUUUAGUCCCACUACUGAUCCUAGCGAAUCAACAGUGGCUUUUGUGCCAUUUUAUUUACUUCUCAUCUGAACAGGGUUUCAAGAAAAAUACGUAUUUUGGUACGUACAUCAUUCGCCGUAUGUCACCAUAGGGCCGUCCCCAGCCUUGGCGAGUAUAUACGGCAGCGAGCAGGUCCGUGCCAAAUUAGAUAUAGCUCAGAAA